AUGCAGUCCUGUUUGCUUGUCUUGAGUGACCUGACGUCUUGGCCUGCUCUGAUCGCUGGAGUCACCAACCAGUACGAACAAUUGUAUCUCUUCAAGGAAAUCAGCGCCAUCGGGUUGCAGAUCGACAACAGCUUGUUCCCGGACAGGCUUCACAAGGUCCAAACGACGCGUUCCUGGGAGUUCCUCGGGCUGGAGAGCGGCGGCGAGCCGAAGGAGUGGAAGUACGACGCCAAGUUCGGCGAGGGGGUCGUCAUUGGAAACGUCGACACUGGUGUAUCGCCGACAUCCCAAAGCUUCCGGGACGACGGCUUCGGCGCGCCGUCGGGGUGGCGUGGCAAAUGCGAUUCCGGCGAAGACUCCACGUUCCACUGCAACAAAAAGUUGAUCGGCGCGAGGAUUUUCAACGCCGGCAUCCAGGUGCCGAAUUUCCUGGACCAGCCGGUGGAAGGCAAGCAGCUGAACCAGACUGACCUGAACUCGCCGCGGGACUACGACGGGCACGGCUCGCACACUCUGUCCACCGCGGGCGGCGGUUUCGUCCAGGGCGCCAGCGCCUUCGGCCGCGGGAAGGGCACGGCCAAGGGCGGCUCGCCGCGGGCGCGCGUGGCCUCGUACAAGGCGUGCUACACGGCGGGGUGCUCCAGCCUGGACAUCCUCGCGGCCAUACUCGCGGCGGUCGAGGACGGCGUGCACGUGCUGUCGCUCUCGGUGGGCGCGCCGGCCGCGGACUACGUCGCUGACCUCAUGGCGAUCGGCACGUUGUACGCGGUCCACAAGGGGGUCGCCGUCGUGGCCUCCGCCGGCAACUCGGGCCCGCAGCCAGGCUCCGUGAGCAAUCUGGCUCCUUGGAUCCUCACGGUCGGCGCAAGCACCAUGGACAGAGACUUCGCAGCUGAUGUUGUCUUCGGCAACAGCACCAUCAAGGUUUGGUCGUCCAUAGAAGCUCGCAUGUACACCGUGCAGCCUUGCUCAAUUACUCAACUAACGCUAGCACUGUAUUUACCGUUCUGUAUGCAUGCAACGAAUCUGCAGGGACGAAGUCUAUCAGCGAGCACUCUGCCUGUUGGCCAGCCAUAUCCGAUGAUCAGCGGGCAGAACGCCUGCGCCGCGGAUCAAUCCAUCGACAACUCGACGUUGUGUUUUCCCGGUUCUCUGGACCCUGCCAAGGUGAGAGGCAAGAUAGUUGUGUGUACCAGGGGAGUGAACGGCAGAGUCGAGAAGGGGCUGGUGGUGAAGCAGGCCGGUGGCAUCGGGAUGGUCCUUUGCAACGACGCCGGCGGCGUGGACAUAAUCGCCGACCCGCACCUCCUUCCAGCGGUUCACUGCUCCUACUCACAGUGCUGGGAUCUCUUCAAGCACCUACAGUCCACCCAAUUUCCGGUCGGUUACAUCACAGCGAAGGACGAACUUGGCGUGAAGCCAGCGCCGGUGAUGGCAGACUUCUCGUCACGUCGGCCAAACACCAUCACUCCUCAGAUCCUCAAGCCUGACGUGACGGCGCCCGGCGUCGACGUGAUCGCCGCGUACAGCGAGGAAGCUCCGGCAACCGACCUGCCUUUCGAGGACCGCCGUGUCCCCUACAACAUGGUGUCCGGCACCUCCAUGUCGUGCCCCCACGUGGCGGGCGUCGCCGGCCUGAUCAAGGCGAAGCACCCCGACUGGAGCCCCGCGAUGAUCAAGUCGGCGAUCAUGACCACCGCAUUCACCGAAGCCAACGACGAGGGCCAAAUCCGGGACGAGACCGGCGCGGCCGCCACCACGUUCAGCUACGGCUCCGGCCACGUGAACCCCGUCCAGGCCCUGGACCCCGGCCUGGUGUACGGCACUACGCCGUACGACUACGCCAACUUCCUCUGCUCCGUGCGGCCGACCCAGACGCAGAACCUGAUCCCCUUGCCCCUCCCUCUGUUCGUCGGCGCCAAUGCCAACCCGUUCCAGUGCAGCCUUGGCGCCUACCGCCCCGAGAACCUCAACUACCCGUCCAUCUCCGCGGCCUGCCUCCCCGGCUCCGGCACCACCACGGUGAAGCGCCGGGUGAGGAACGUGGGCGCGGGGCCGUGGCUCCAGUACAACGUCACCGUCGUGCAGCCGGCUGCGGGGGUCAGGAUCACGGUGCAGCCAGGCACGCUGAGCUUCGGUAAAAUCAACGAGGAGAAGGAGUUCACGGUGAAGCUGGACGUCUAUGACACUGCCAUGGCCGGCCAUGUGUUCGGCAGCAUUGAGUGGUCAGACGGGAAGCACCGCGUCCGGAGCCCCGUCGUGGCCACCACCAAGUGCGGGUAGGGUAAGGUAGGGUGAUCGGGUGGGAUUCCUUCAAGCUGGAAUCGGCAAUCAAAAACACUAGUGUUGGCACGCUAAGGUUUACCAUUUGUUCGAGGGCGGCUGCUAGGCGUCGACCGGAUGAUUUCCUACAGAAAUCAUCCGCUUACCCAGCCGUCCGAUUUGGCUGAUCAGGACCGCUCCAUCCUCUGCUGAGUUGAGCAAAAUCGCAACGAG